AUGGUUUGGUCUCGUCCACCGGGUGAUCCGAGAGUUUGGUCUACUGUUGAAGCUGUCAAGCCGGAUGGAAAAAAAGUGAAAUUCAUAAUUCAAGAAAUACCUCCGAGUAGAUAUGAAGAAGCUCUAGAUCAUUUGUGCACUGUUUUCAUUACGAGCGAACCAAUAUGUCGAAGUAUUAAUUUGAUUGAUGAUGCAGAAUCAGUAGCUGAAGUACGAGCUUUUUGGACAACAGCUCUCAAUCAAGGAAUUUCGAUCGGUGCAUAUGAAGUCGAUCAAAAUAAUCAAAUAUCUAAAUUUGCCGGAAUGAAUGUAUUGACGAUGGGUGAUAAAGAUGAUGAUAAAACGAUCACACCUGUAACGAGUACCAUGUCAGGAAGUCAAAAGCUACUUACUUUCAUGCAAAACCUUUCUGCAGAAGUGGACUUUUGUAAGAAAUGGGGUGUCGAUUAUUAUCUGGGUGCUGCUGGAUUAGAUGUAGAUACAAAUUAUCGUCGCCUAGGGUUGGGGACUCAUCUGUUAUUAGCGAGAGAUAAGAUAGCUAAAGCAUACAAUAUCCCAGUGUCAUCAACAUUUUUUACUUCGCCAACCUCCCAAAAAACUGCUAAAAAAGCUGGAUUUGAAGUUUUCUGGGAAAAACGUUGGAACGACAUUGUUGAUGACAAAGGCAACGUCAUUUUUCCAGGACUUGGAGAUACUUAUUGUAAAGUAAUGGAGAAAAAAUUUAAAGUUUGGUCUACUGUUGAAGCUGUCAAGCCGGAUGGAAAAAAAGUGAAAUUCAUAAUUCAAGAAAUACCUCCGAGUAGAUAUGAAGAAGCUCUAGAUCAUUUGUGCACUGUUUUCAUUACGAGCGAACCAAUAUGUCGAAGUAUUAAUUUGAUUGAUGACGCAGAAUCAGUAGCUGAAGUACGAGCUUUUUGGACAACAGCUCUCAAGCAAGGAAUUUCAAUCGGUGCAUAUGAAGUUGAUCAAAACAAUGAAAUAUCUAAAUUUGCCGGAAUGAAUGUAUUGGUGAUGAGUAAUAAAGGUGAAGAUAAAACGAUCACACCUAUGACGAGUACCAUGUCCAAAAACGAAAAGCUGCUUACCUUUUUGCACAACCUCUUUGCAGAAGUAGACUUCUGUAAAAAGUGGGGGGUCGAUUAUUAUCUGAGUGCUGCUGGAUUAGAUGUGGAUACAAAUUAUCGUCGUCUAGGAUUGGGAACUCAUUUGUUGUUAGCGAGAGAUAAGAUAGCUCAAGCAUACAAUAUCUUAGUUUCCGCAACAUUCUUCUCUUCGCCAGUCUCACAAAAAACUGCUGAGAAAGCUGGAUUUAAAACUUUUUGGGAAAAACCUGUCAAACCGGAUGGAACAAAAGUUAAAUUCAUUAUCCAAGAAAUACCUCCGAACAGAUAUGAAGAAGCUCUAGACCAUUUGUGCACUGAUUUUAUUACAAGUGAAGCGAUGUGUCGAAGUUUGAAUUUAAUUGAUGAUAAAAAAUCAGUAGCUGAAUUACGCAGUAUUUGGGCAAUAAUUCUUAAUCAAGGAAUUUCAGUCGAUGCGUAUGAAGUCGACAAAAACAAUUUAAUAUCUACGUUAGCCGGAUUGAAUGUAUUGAUGAUACAAUAUAACAAUGCAGUCAAAACGAUUGCACCUAUUACCAGUACUAUAUCCAAAAGAGAGAAGCUACUUGCCACGGUGCGAAACUGUUCGAUGGAGGCAAAUUCUUCUAGAAAACGAGCUGCUGGUUUUUACUUGAAAGCUGCUGGGUUAGUUGUGGAUCCAAAUUAUCGUCGUCUGGGAUUGGGAACUCACCUGUUAUUAGCGAGAGAUAAGAUAGCUGAAGAAAUAUAA